AAAUGCUUCCAGUGCAUUGGUUCAUCCCUGUAGCUGUUUGUAUCCACCCAGCUCAGGACUGUGUCCUUUUGCGAGGAUAGAAGUGAGAGAAUGGCCUCUCAAUGCACCCUUGCAGAUGAAGAAAUAGGCCUCUCCUCCUCCAUCAGAGCUCCUCUUCUCCAUAAUCAUGGACAGCUCGCACGCCAAAGGGGAGCUACUUUUGCAAGGACUUGCUUCAAUGUUACCAACGCCCUUUCUGGAAUUGGGGUGCUUUCAAUACCAUAUGCACUCUCAGAAGGAGGUUGGAUAAGCCUUCUUCUUUUCUUUGUGGUUGCCGUAGUUUGCUUCUACACUGGCCUACUCAUCCAACGUUGUAUGGACGCUGACCCACACAUCAGAAGCUAUUCAGAUAUUGGUGAAUUUGCUUUUGGUUACAAGGGAAGAAUUGUUGUUGGCAUAUUCAUGUAUAUAGAGCUUUAUCUCGUUGCUGUUAGCUUUCUGAUUUUGGAGGGUGAUAACUUAGAUAAUCUGUUCCCCAAUUUAGAAUUUCAGUUUCUGUCACAGACAAUCAAAGGAAAACAACUCUUUCUUUUAAUCUCUGCGCUGCUUGUCUUGCCAACAACAUGGUUAAGAAAUCUGGAUGGUCUUGCUUACAUUUCCGCCGGAGGAGUUGUAGCGUCGGUUAUUUUGAUGUGUUCUUUGCUUUGGAUUGGAGUAACUGAAACUGGAUUUCAGAUGCAAGGAAGAGUGCUCAAUUUAAGUGGAUUGCCUACAGCUUUGGGCUUGUUUUUUGUGUGUUUCACAAGUCAUGCAGUGUUUCCAACUAUUCACGCUUCAAUGAGGGAAAAAAUCAAGUUCUCCAAGGUACUUGUAAUUUCAUUUGCUCUUUGCACUUUCAACUAUGGAACCAUGGCUGUUUUGGGUUAUCUUAUGUAUGGCGAUGACUUAAAAUCACAAGUUACAUUGAAUCUUCCAGCUGGGAAGAUUGGUUCAAAGAUAGCGAUCUUCACAACAUUGAUCAAUCCGUUUGCCAAGUAUGCUCUAACUAUUACACCAAUCGCUUUGUCUAUAGAAGAACGGUUAGCUUUUCAUUUGAAGAGAUCUUACAGCAUCCUAGUUAGGACUCUCUUGCUGCUCAGCACAGUCUUAAUGGCUCUAUCAAUACCUUUCUUUGGCUACCUUAUGGCAUUCAUUGGAUCAUUCCUUAGCAUCAUGGUCUCAGUUUUGUUUCCUUGCGUCUUUUAUAUCAAGAUCUACAGGGCUUCUUCUCAAAGGAAUCAGUUCGAAAUGGUUGUUAUAGUUGGAGUUAUGGUUACAGGGGUUUUGAUUUCAGUAGUUGGUACUUACUCCUCUCUUGUGCAAAUCAUCUUCAGCCUGUAGAGAUUCUGUUUAUUUGUGUUAAAAAUUUGUUUAAGAUGUCAAUGGCAUGCAAUUCCAUCAAAAAAAGAUUUAGAAUAUUAGUUGAGAAGUUUAUGCACUGUAUAUGCAGCUUCAAAAUAGAUCCUAACAACCCUCAUUUCAAACUCAGGAUUGAAAGUGAUUGAAUUAUGUUAUAUUUCAAACUCACAUUCAUCACAAUAUUUUUUUAUUCUCAGGAUUGUAUCCUCCUGAAGUUAUAUCCCAAAUUCUGAUCAUGCAUCAAGAUAUUUUCUCA